AGAAAGUCAAACUCUUUCUGCUCCAGCAAGGCUCCUCAUCAAGAUGGGCACCAUGCACUACCUCCUGCUUUGUGCUGUCAUCUUCCUACCUGAGACUCCUGCUUUCCCAGUGCAACUGAAACCAGCAUCAUGGAAUAGCAUAGACCUUGAGAAAGUAAAGGGAUAUCUUGAUAAAUUCUUUCCAAUUUUGGCAAAAACACAAAACCUAAGCAUAGAAGAAAGGAUUAAAGAAAUGCAGAGGUUUUUCCACCUGACUGUAACUGGAAAAUUAGACACAGAAACAGAAGGAAUAAUGAAAAUGCCCAGAUGUGGUAUGCCUGAUGUAGCAGAAUAUCAAACAUUUCCUGGAACUCCAAAAUGGAAAAAGACACAUUUAACUUACAAGAUUGUCAAUUAUACACCUGAUCUACCCAGAAGGAAAGUGGAUGAUGCAAUUAAAAGGGCCUUGAAGGUAUGGAGUGAUGUGACUCCGCUGCAGUUCCGAAGAAUCUACAUGGGCCAUGCAGACAUUGAGAUUAGAUUUGCACGUCGUGAGCAUGGUGAUGGAGCUCCUUUUGAUGGACAAGGUGGCACGCUGGCCCAUGCAUUUGAACCUGGAAAUGGGAUUGGAGGAGAUGCUCACUUUGAUGAUGAUGAAAAAUGGUCAGAUGUCGACCGAGAUAUCAAUUUGUUCCUUGUUGCUGCUCAUGAAUUUGGCCAUUCUUUGGGACUUGCUCAUUCCAAUGUCCGUGGAGCUCUGAUGUACCCUCUCUACCGUUAUGAGAACCCAGAAACCUUCAGACUUCCGGAAGAUGACAGGAGAGGAAUUCAGAAGUUAUACGGGAAGAAGUCAUCAAACUCUUGAAGAAAGUGCUUAACGAAGAUCAAAGAAUUCACAUCCCAUUGUUUUGAUGUUCCAAAACAAUUUUAAUCCUCUGGCUAAUUAAAAUGGUAAAUUCCCAGGCUACAUUUUCUCACCCUGAAUUUUUAUAAUGAUUUAUUUGCACAUUACACAAUUUCACCUAAUAAAAAUAAUAAUAAAAAUAA